CUAUCAAAUUAAUUAGCCUUUCUUUUUCAUUUCAGUGAAGAUGGCUACUUGCUUAUUAGUCUCAAAAGUGUUCUUGUUUGCUUUCUUUAUGGGUCCUUUCAUGGUUGCAUCGACCGGUAAUUUCAACCAAGAGGUAGACCUGACAUGGGGUGGUGAUCGUGCUAAGAUUGUCGAUGGAGGAAAUGUUCUCUCUCUUAUCCUUGACAAGGCAUCAGGGUCUGGUUUCCAGUCUAAGAGAGACUAUCUCUUUGGAAGAAUUGACAUGGAAAUCAAGCUUGUUGCUGGAAAUUCUGCGGGAACUGUUACUGCUUACUAUCUAUCAUCUCAAGGGCCUUACCACGAUGAAAUUGAUUUUGAAUUCUUGGGAAACCUUAGUGGAGACCCCUAUACUGUUCAUACUAACGUCUUUACACAAGGGAAUGGAAAUAGAGAGCAACAGUUCCACCUCUGGUUCGACCCAACAAAAAAUUUUCACCUCUACUCUAUUGUAUGGAACCCCCAACGCAUCAUUUUCUUGGUAGACAACAUCCCCAUAAGGGUAUACGAAAAUGAAGAAUCCAUUGGAAUUCCCUUCCCCAAGAACCAGCCCAUGAAACUUUACUCUAGCCUCUGGAAUGCUGAUCAAUGGGCGACAAGAGGAGGGCUUGUAAAAACAGAUUGGUCUAAGGCUCCUUUCACUGCAUACUACAGAAACUUCAAUGCCAAUGCAUGCGUAUGGAGUUCUUCAGGUCUGCCUUCUUGUGGCUUAAAGGGGACUGAUAGCCCGAUGAGUAGCCACGAUUGGCAAACUCUAGGGUUGGAUGCCAAUGGUCGAAGAAAGCUUAGAUGGGUGCAAAGGUAUUUCAUGAUUUAUAACUAUUGCACCGAUUUUAAGCGAUUUCCUCAAGGUCGCCCACGUGAGUGCCGGCGUUCUAGGUUCUUUUAGUCCCUUGAAUUUGGGAUUACCAUUUGUAAAAUAGAUUUGCCUUGCUUUUGGUUUGGUUUGUUUGUAUUUAUGUCCUAUUUUUAUUGAUGUAAUUAUAAAAUAAAUUGAUCAGAUUCUGCCUUUCAUGUAAA